AUGAUUUGGAAGGACAGACUGUUCUUUAGACUCAAGGACAAGGUGAUGCGAUGUGUAGAGAUAUUGAUACAACAAAGUAGAGAUGGAGAGGAGAUCCAGCAUCAAAUAGUUACUCAGUUUAUGGAGAGUUUAAUCAAACUAGACACAAUCGACAAGGACAAGUUCCUGUACAGAUCAGAGUAUGAAGCAUCUUACUUGGAGAACACUCGACAGUUCUAUACUCGCGAGUCAUCGUCCUACAUCUCCACACAUGGCAUAUCAAGCUACAUGCAGAGGGCUGAGCAGAGGAUCGAGGAGGAGUACCAUCGCUCUCAAAAGUUCCUCAACUCCUCAUCGCACGAGAAGCUAAAGCGUCUACUCGACUCCAUUCUGAUAGAGAAGCACAAGGAUCUCUUACACGCAGAGUGUAUCAACUAUUUGAAGGAUGAGAAGCUUGACAAUAUCCAUCGACUUUAUAAGUUGCUCUCGAGGAUUGAAGGAGGACUAUCUCCUGUGCUCGAGACAGUCCAGAACUAUAUACAACAGACUGGCUUUGACGCAUUGAAGGCCAUCCCAGAUGCAAGCAUUACAGACCCCAAGAUAUAUGUGGAGACAUUGUUGGACAUCUAUCAGAGAUUCAGUUCUAUUAUCAAACAGUCAUUCAACAAUGAUGUGUCGUUCAUCACUGCACUGGAUGCUGCAUGUCUCAAGAUAUUCAACCAGAACCAUCUCACCAAGAACACGACCAAGUCACCAGAGUUGUUGGCCAAGUACUGUGACAUUCUCUUGAAGAAGGGAACCAAACAGUCUGAGGACGUAGAGCUCGAGGAGAAGUUGAACCAAAUUCCAACCAAACAACCA